ACCGGGACCGGGACUGGGAUUGGGACAGAAAAACCCAGUAGGGACUGGGACCGGGACCGGGAACGGGACUGGGACAGAGAAACCUGCUUGGGACCGGGACAGAGAAUCCCACACGGGACCGGGACAAAGAAAUCCGGUAGGGACCGGGACAGAGAAACUCACGGGGAACGGGACUGGACCGGGACCGGACCGGGACUGGACCGGGACAGAGAAACCAGCCCGUCCAUGGCCGAUCCCAUCCCGGUUCCCGUGGGGAUUCUGCGCCUCCCUCGCGGCCCCGACAGCUCCGGCAGCCGCGGCUUCUCCUGCAAUCCCCGGAAUUUCCAGAAUCCCCACAAUUCCCAGAAUUCCCAGGAUUUCCACAAUUCCCAGGAUGUGCAGAAUUCCCGGGCCGAGCUCCGGGCGCGAUUCCUGCGGCUCCUGAGCAGCGCCCGGGGCCGCCCCGCGCGAUUUUCGCUCUGGAACGGGCUGGAGCUGCGAGCGGAAUUCGGGGCUGCCGAUGUGCACACCGGGGCUUUCCAGGUGGAUUCACUGCAGACCCCACUGGGGAUCCAGGGCUCGGCUCUGCUGCGCUGUGGGGACGUCCUGGAAUUCUCCUUCCCUCUGGAAUAAAAUCCUGCAAUAAUUCCUGAAAUUCUACCUGAAAUAAUUCCUGGAAUUCUCCUUCCCUCUGGAAUAAAAUUCCUGAAAUAAUCCCUGAAAUAAUCCCUGGAAUUCUCCUUCCCUCUGGAAUAAAAUUCCUGGAAUAAUCCCUGAAAUAAUUCCUGGAAUUCUCCUUCCCCCUGGAAUAAAAUCCUGAAAUAAUUCCUGAAAUAAUCCCUGAAAUAAUCCCUGAAAUAAUUCCUGGAAUUCUCCUUCCCUCUGGAAUAAAAU